CUUAACUGCGACCCCGCAGAUCAACUCCAACCCCUCACUGACAACAUUUUACCAACUCCGUCUCUCCACUUUGACCUCAGAACCUACCAUUUCGUACCAUUUCACAUCAAAAACCCCGUGUUAUUAUAUUCAAGGAAAGAGCCAAUAAGCAAGAUGACAGACCAUGUAGAUGUCCCAGAAGCCAACAAGGCCUUCGUGCCCCUCGAAAACAACCCAGAAGUGAUGUCGCACUUAGUCCACCAGCUCGGUCUCCCACCGACCCUAGGCUUCACAGACGUAUACUCAAUUGACGAGCCAGACCUCCUAGCCUUCGUUCCCCGUCCCUCGCACGCCCUCCUCCUCGUCUUCCCCGUCUCCAAAACCUACGAAUCAUCCCGCGUAUCCGAAGAUAGCAAACUCACCGACUAUACUGGCUCGGGGCCCUCGGAACCGGUCAUGUGGUUUAAACAGACGAUCCGGAACGCCUGCGGUUUGAUCGGAUUGCUGCACGCUGUGUCCAAUGGAGAGGCUCGGAAACAGGUUCUCCCUGGAUCAGAUUUGGAUGGUCUUCUGCGGGAUGCAGAGCCCCUUUGUCCUAUUGACAGAGCGAAUCUGUUGUAUGAGAGCAAGGCACUGGAGAGUGCUCAUGCUGAUGCAGCGAAGUUGGGCGAUACUACGGCCCCCCAGGCAGAGGAUUCCGUUGACUUGCACUUUGUGGCAUUUGUGAAGGGAGUUGAUGGAAGGUUGUGGGAGCUAGACGGGAGGAGGAAGGGCCCGUUGGAAAGGGGGAAGUUGGAUGAGAAUGAAGAUGCAUUGAGCGAGAAGGCUCUUAACUUGGGAGUUAGGAGGUUCUUGAAGACUGAGGCUCAGGGUGGUAACCCGGACUUGAGGUUCAGUUUGGUCAGCUUGGGGCCUGUUUUUGAUUAAGGGGCAUGCUAAUGUAUCUUUUCGUUUGUGUAUACAUAUUCGAAUAGGUGUUUGGGAGUUUACAUAUGCUGGGUUUGCCCAGACUAGAGUGGCUCAGGUGAAGCCAAUGGCCAGGUAUCUACGG